AUUCCUAUGCUUUUGUGGACAAUGCGGAAGAGUCGGUUGUUACUGUAUGCCCUCUGGGGUGUAAUGGUUUUUGGCCUAUUCCAAAAACUUGAAGCUCAGGAUGCCCCUGCGCCAGCCGACCUUGUACUCUUAAUUGACGGAUCAGAGAGCGUUGGAGCUGCCAACUUCCCCCUCGUCAGUGAUUUGGCUGUCCAAGUGAUUGAGGGGCUUGCCGUGGGCAGGGAUGCAAUCCGUGUAGCCCUCGUGCUUUAUGGUGCCGACCCUGACAUUCAGUUCUAUCUCAAUAGCUAUGACAACAAAGAGAGUGUCCUCAGUGCUAUUCGGGGGCUUAAGUACCCUGGCACUUAUGAGGCAAAUCUGGGGACCGCUUUGGAGGAGGUGGCAGACAGUCUAUUGGGCCAAGAUGCAGGAGGCAGGGCUGAGGAAGGGGUACCCCAGGUGCUGGUGGUGAUCAGUACUGGGGAGUCCACUGAUGAUGUCAGUCAGGCCGAGAGGGCCCUAAAGCAGGCCAGUGUGUACACCUUUGGCAUUGCUGUGGGUGAUUCUGCUACUGCCCAACUGGAAGCUAUUGCUACAGACAAAAGAUUUGUUCUGUCUGCUCCUGAUGUCAGAACAGUGGCAAGCGUGGGUGACCAGAUACUGCAAUACAUUAAUGGGGUCGCCCAGCGCACCAUUGUGAUUCAAACAGAUUUCCCAGAAGCUUUGGCUGUUGGGAAGAGAGAUAUCAUUUUCCUCGUUGACAGUAGCAUGGGUACCAUCGUAAUCAAUGCAGUGCGAGAAUUCAUCAAAAGGUUUAUUGACACCAUGCCAAUUGGUCCUGAUCAGAUGCAGGUCGGAGUGGCCAUGUUUUCCACCACCCCAAGAAUGGAGAUCAACCUCAACUCAUUCAGUUCAAAGGAAUCACUAAGCUCUGCCCUCGCAAGAAUAAAACCCAAAUCUUCGGUUGAAGUCAACAUUGGUGCUGCCUUGGAUUUUGUGAGGGCCAACAUGCUCACAGCUGAGAGUGGUAGCCGCAUUCAAGAUCAAGUGCCACAGCUUGUGUUGCUCCUAACCAGUAAAAAAUCCAAAGACAGUGUCCAACAACCAGCUGAUGCCCUCCGUCAAAUGGGUGUUCUGACUUUGGCUGCAGGCUCCAGGGCUGCCGAUGAGGCUGAGCUCAGGCAAAUAGCUUUUGAUGACAGUGUGGUUUUCAUGCUGAAGGACUUCAGGAUGUUGCUGCGCAACCCCAGAGAAAUUAUCUCCCCACUCUCUACAUUGUCUGGUAUUGUUGUAACAGAGGGUCCAACUGAAACAGGCACAAUUGUGGAUGUUACUACGGUCCACACCCAAAGAGUUGUCCGAGACAUUGUCUUCUUGGUGGAUGGAUCUAACUAUGUUGGAAAUAACCUGCAACCUGUGCUGGACUUCAUUACCGAAGUGGUGAACAAACUAGACGUUCGACCUGAGCGAGUGCGCAUUGGACUAAUGCAGUUUGCUGAAAGGCAGCGUACAGAGUUUUAUCUGAACACUUACAACACCAAACAGGAUGUGCUCUCUGCCAUCGCUCGGCUGAGAUUGAUGGGAGGACGUGCAUUGAACACUGGUGCAGCCCUACAGUAUGCCCUAGCCAACCACUUCCAGCCCUCCGCUGGGUCUCGUAGGAGAGAGGGGAUCCAACAGGUACUGGUUUUAAUAACAGGAGGACCAUCUCAAGAUGAGGUCAAGAAGAUUGCAGACAGUGUAGCUUUAGCGGGUGUUUUGACAUUUGCUGUUGGAGCUGGCCAAGUGGAGGAUCGUUUCCUGAGAACUGUUGCUUUUGUUGAAAAUUUGGCAUACUACAGAAGAAAUUUUGCUGACUUGUCAAGUGUUGUUGAUGAAAUUAUGACACCACUGGUCACUGUUGUUGGGGAGACUGAUACUUCAGUAACAGAAUUUGUAACACCAAGUCCCUCUGGUGGAGAAAGGGAUGUUGCAUUCUUGAUUGAUGGCUCUGAUGAUGUGAGAAGUGACUUUCCCUAUAUCCGUGACUUCAUUUCCAAAGUCAUUGAGCCUCUGGAUAUAGGCUUUGAUAAAGUACGAGUUUCUGUGGUCCAGCAUAGUGAGAGACCAACUCCUAACUUCUACCUGAACACUUACCGAACCAAAGAUGAGGUGCUGAGAGCUGUAAGUGGACUCACUCUGGCAGGUGGCAGAAGUUUAAAUACUGGAGUUGCCUUGACAUUCAUGAAAAACACUAUCUUGUCACCAGCAAAUGGUGGUCGAGCCGGUCAAAAUGUUCCCCAAUUUAUGAUAGUUUUGACUGGGGGGAGAUCAAGAGACAGUGUCAGAGAACCUGCAGUUGCCCUAAAGACUGAGGGAGUUGUUCCUUUUGGUGUUGGAGUGAAAAAUGCAGACCCUAAACAGAUUGAGGCCAUCUCUCACAAUCCAUCAUUUGCUUUCAAUGUGAAGGAGUUCAGCCAGCUCAGCACUGUUCAGGAAAGGCUCAAGAACUAUGUGAACCUUCCAGAUCAAGAACUGAAGGUCUUUCUAGAGGAAGUUGAAUUGGAUGCAGCUCAAAGAGACAUUGUCUUUAUUCUGGAUGGGUCUGAUGACACCAGGGAUGCAUUUAAACAAAUGUGUCAGUUUGUUCAAAGAGUGGUGGACAAACUCAAUAUUGGGCCAAGCAGAGACAGAGUGUCUGUAGUUCAAUACAGCAGAGAGCCACAGGUCCAUUUUUACCUCAACACACAUGCCACAAAUCAAGACAUUCUCAAUUCAAUUGAGAGUCUGAAACACCAGGGAGGAAGUCCCCUCAACACGGGAAGAGCCCUUGACUAUACCAAAAAGAACAUAUUCAUUGCCUCUUCUGGGAGCAGAAUCCUAGAGGGGGCUCCUCAGGUGCUUGUGCUUGUGACUGGAGGAAGGUCUCAGGAUGAUGUUAGAGCUCCAGCUGCUGCUCUGAAAAAGGAUCAAAUUGUAACAUUCAGUAUUGGCAAUCAAAAUGCAGAUGUUAUUCAACUCCAGGCAAUUUCAUAUACUCCUGGUCAUACCCUUACUGUUCCUCAGUAA